CCCUGACCACGUUAGUUGAAUAUCUGCAAGUGGAUAGAGCACAUUGAAACGUUGUGUGUCCUUUCCCUGAUAGUAUUUCCUAGCUCUGAUCGGGAAAGAAUCAAGAUGAUGGAAGUCGGGAGUGGUGUGGAGGGCGGACAGGCCCAGUACCCCACCGGCUAUGCGCCCAUGUCUUCCCUGCAGGACUUCUACUCCAACACCCAACACUGCUCCUACUCCAACCCUGGUCGCUUCGCCCAGGGGGGGAUGUACCGCUCGCACCCCCACUUCCCCACCCCCCUCCACUCCUGGCUGGGCGCUGACAAGAUGGCCGCCGCUGCCCCCUCCGCCUACAAUACACCCGCCUCUUCCUGGCACACGCCCUUCGCCAAGACCUACCAACCCACGCCCACACCCGCCCACCAGACCCACCAGCCUACCCAGGGGUACGUCGGAUAUGGGUACCCACCCACACCGCCAGAGGAGACCCCCACAGCAGCCAACACCCAGCAGGCACCACCACCACCUCCCCCACCACAACAGCCACAGCCCCAGGACCAGCCCAUGAGCACCAGCCCCAUCCCACAGCAACAGCCACAGCAAGACACAUCUGCUGCACGCAUGACCCCAGACCGAGUGACAGCCUCGCCAGGGGGCGGCGGCGGAGGCGGCGUUAGCGACAUCAAGUCCGAUUCCGCCUACACGCCCGUCUUCAGUUCCUUCGCCUCCAAGCCCUCACUCUCCCUCUCUCCCACCCACCCCACCGCCCACCCCACAGGUUACCCGGGCUACCACACCCAUUCUUCCAUGGACUUCGCCGCACACACGGGAUACUCAGGCUUCUAUCCUUCGUCGGGGAUGUCCUCCAUGUUCACGAAGCCCUUCUCCACCGUCCCCGCCACCGCCAUCUCCCCCUCCCACGAGAAGUCCAAGAACUCCAAGAGAUCCAGCACAGAGGGCCGUGAAUGCGUCAACUGCGGCGCCACGUCGACGCCGUUGUGGCGACGCGACGGUAAUGGUCACUACUUGUGCAACGCCUGCGGCCUGUACUACAAGAUGAACGGCCAGAACCGACCCCUCAUCAAGCCCAAGCAGCGCACGUCCGCCAAUCGUCGUGAGGGAACAUCUUGCGUUAACUGCAAGACACAAACCACGACGUUGUGGCGACGCAACCAGAAUGGAGAGUCAGUGUGCAACGCCUGCGGCCUCUACUUCAAGCUGCACAACGUUGCACGGCCGCUAUCCAUGAAGAAGGAAGGUAUCCAGACCCGCAACCGCAAACUGAGCCAGAAAUCGAAGAAAAAGAAGGGUAUGCUGGGCUUCCCGGACAUGUUGAAGCCUCUGGACAAGAGCGGCUUCGGCGGUUUCGGGACUGGAGGCUCUGGGUUCGGCUCCAUGUCGCACUACAUGUACGGCGGCCAGAUGCACGGCUCAUCUAUGGCAGGAGGCUUCAUGUCGGGACCGCCCGUGCACGGCAUGUCGGCCAUGUCGGGAGGCCUCGGAAGCCUGGGCCUGUCCUCCGCCUCUGCCGCCUCCCUCGGCUUCAGUUCGGGCUUCUGCACCGUGGCCGCGUAAGACCCCGCCCUAAAAAGACGCCCAAUGGGGAAGAAGGUUCUUACCCAUAGAGCCCGACACCCCAUUGGAUAAUGCCCACAACGGGUAACUUUUGGGCACCCGCCCGCACAGUGUACAAAGGAGCGCCUGUAGCUGUUGCAGCAGAAGUAUCUACAGCAGCCGCAGUGAAGGUAGCAGCAGUAGGAGAUGAGGAAGAGACAGCUGAAGCAUCAGGAGAAACUGUAGUAGCAGCUGUUAUGUUGGCGAGCGACCAGUGUGUGUGUACAGUGUAUAUAGUGUACCAUAGAUCACAUAGAGACUAUUUAAUGCAUCAUCAUUUUCUUGUCCUUAAUGUUAAGUUGAGCAUCAUAUUGCAUAUUGUAAUAUUGAUAAAUGUAAUUAUGUGAUACAAAUAAAGAGAACCUUUUGAGAA